CAACAGAGUUCACGUGUGUAUGCGUGUUAGCCGAUAUUUGUUUGUUUGUGUGUUUGUGUGUGUUUUCAGGUCAUAGUUGUGGCAUCAUUACUAUCGAUGGUGAAAAGAAAAUCUAUUUGCUAAACUUUAUGAAUUGUGCUGACAAAGCUGAUAUGCGCAAAAGAAGUGUUAGAGAUAUUUAAUUAAUAUAUUAGCGGGCUAAGCAUUCAGCUGAGUGCCUCGUGUAUAGAGGUACUAGCAAAAGAAAUCCAAAAUCAACAAUAUGAAGCUGAUUGUUUUUUUAGUGUGAAGUAUACAGUCAGAAGACGUUUCGCAUCUAGAUUGUAAUCAAUCUCUUAUAUUAUUAUAUGUUGAUCAAAAGAAGCAAUUACCAUCAUGUCUCAAGAGUACGCACAGCAUGUGCUAAAGGUGGCCGUGGCACAAAUUUGCCGAACUAUCGGAUGGCACUCAACCCAUGCCUCGACGAUGGACUUGCUGAUCGAUGUAACACAGCAUUUUCUGCGCGAAAUAUCGCGCAUUAUGCACCGGUACUGUGAGCUGUACAACCGUACCGAGGCAAACCUAGACGAUCUGGCACUGGCGUACAAAGAGAUUGGUAUCAAUCUGGAUGAGCUGAUGGAGUAUGUGCAGUUUGUCGAUCCGAUUCCACUGACACUGGAAGUACCGCGCUUUCCGUUGCCGAAGGAGUCCAGCCUGAACUUCUUGAAGCCCGGUAGCCGGGAGGUGUUGACGCGACCGGUACACAUACCGGAGUACAUGCCACCGCUUAUGUUCGAAACCGAGGACGACGGUACCGAGCGAUCCGCUAACGAUGAUGAGCGGCGUGCCGCAUUUGGUGAUGCAAAAAGUUUGCUAAACAGUGCUGCGAUCGCGAUCGCUUCGGUAGCGGCAACUAUUUCGUGCGAUGCGAGAGCAAUCACGGAUGGUGGUAGCAGUGGGAUUGGCGUCCCGAAGGGACCGGUAACAACCAUUGAAGAAGUAAGUAGUACGGGCGAAGGGGUAGAUGAUGGUUCUAACCUUCCUCAUGCCGUUAUUAACGAAGAGGUGGAAAUACCGAUGCAAACAAUCGAGGUAAAGGAACAACCAACGAGCGUUGGCGAUGAGGAGACUGCCACCGUAAGCAAACGAGCAGAUGAUACCGUGAAAGAGAAACCGCCACAGGUUGAUGAUGCGACACCCGGCGGUACGAAAAACGUCAUCACGGCGGAAGAGGGACGUCCGACGCGUGAAAUCAGUAGCGUCAUAAUGACGACAUCGGGAUUUAUUUCACCGGCACGCGAGGGGAAACUGCCCGAGUCGCGCAUUCCCAUCAUUCCGGAGGAACGACCGAUUCAGCAACCAACGCCGACCGUUUCAGCUGUACCAGCGCUUGCCGCUGCCCACCUGCAGAUGGCUUUACCGCCCGGUACAUCCGUGCCCGGUGUACCAGCACUCGCUGGUUCAGCUCCUGUUUCAUCGGCGGCACUACUCGCUUCUGCGGCUGGUAGCUACUUUCCUAAGCCGAACGCAACCGAUGGUACGGUAGGAGUUGGAUUGCCACCCGGUACACAGGGCAGCAUUGGAUUGGGUGCGCCGACCGAUCCAUCCCAACCACCACCGAAAGCCGUUGGAGAAAAGCCAACCAAAAAAGUGAAGAAGAAACCAGUCGAUCGUGAGAAGAAGAAGGCGGAAAAAGGUUUAGCGAAUGCGGCGCGUAAGCUGGAAAAGCAAGUUGCAGGUGAAAAGGGUGGAAUGGUGAAACAACCACCGGUAUUGGAAGCUCCCUUUGCGCCAGCGGUAAAGGAGGAAACGGAUUUCACCACCCCGUUACCACCGGAUGCGUUAGUAGCUGGGCGGGUUACGGAUAAUCUUGGUUUGGUAAGCAAUCCGUUCUUUAAAAAUAGUUCCAUCAAGCCCGAAGGGAAUGAUGGUGUGAAACCGAUGGAUGGUGUACCGGGCUUCGGUUUACUAGCACCCGGGACCGUACCCGGUAAACCGGCAAAACCCGCCAAAGUAAAGGUGGUAAAGGAGAAGGCAGUGAAGAAGCGCAAGUCAGCCGCACCGAAACAGGUACCAGUGCCCGGGGAAAUGCUGAUGGACGAUCCAGCAAACCUCAACAGACAGUUGCCGAUACCAAACUUUCUACCAUUCCCAACGCCAAAGCCAAAGAAGGUGUCGAAAGCGUCGAAAAAAGCGGCUAACCAACGUGGGCAGUUUGAUGCGGUGGAGCUGCCACCGCCGCUGAUAGGACCGCUCGGACUCGGUACGUCGGUGGGCAAUCCGACGCUGGUCGGUCCGCUUAGUGCCGGCCCAAUGCAGAAUGUAAAGCCGGAACACUUGUUCGGUAUGAUGCCAAACGCUGGUAUUGGUUCACCGACAACCGCUGCUUUAUCGUUGCCGUUGAAAAAACCACCGGUCGGUGCAUUUAAGCAGGAAGAGCACGAAGUGCAGCACGGAGGCAGUAACAAUCCGUUGGUCGAUCAGGCAGCACAGCUAAAUCUGCUGCAGAAAAUGCAUCCGAGUCUGGAAAUAACGGCUUCGCCGAGUAUCACGACGCAGGAGAUGCAUGAAAAACCGCUAACACCGGGACGGAUGUUAUUCGACGGGAAGGGUAUGAAACAGGAGACAGCGAAUGAUCGCGAUGUGAUCGUGAUUGAUGACGAUAAAUCACCACCGCACGUUGCGACGCUGCCCGUUAGCAUGACGACACCCACGACGAAGAAGCAGAGGAAGCAAGCGGCCCACACUAAUGCAGCGGCUGGUGGUGUGAUGGGUAUGCACGGACAACCGUUCGGUAUGGGACCGGUCGGUGGUACGUACGAUGGUGAAUACCGUCCGGAUGAGGCGAUCCAUUUUUCACCCCUAGCGAAUAUGCCGAAAACACCCGACAUCCGGCUACAUUCGUCCUCCUCCACCACGCCAUCGUGGAUGAACGAGUCACCACGUUUAGCAACGCCGAAGAAAACACCCGGAACGGGUAAUUUGUUUUCCGACCUAUCCUCAAAAACGCUAACGGAAUGUAUGGCCCAAAAUCGACCGCAGGAAACAGCAAAAGCGACACCCCUCCCGAUCGACGGUGGUAAAAAACCAAAGCGUCCGAAGCAGAAGCCAAAAACCGACGCCAAGCUGAGUAAGUUAGCCGAAUGCAACAAAAAGUUGGAAGAAGCGAACCAGAAGAUUGGCAACCUGGCCGGACAGAACCCGUUCGCGCUGUACCCGGGUUCGAUGAACCCGUUCGCACCGGAUGCGAGUGUGUACAGCAAAUUUUUAAACCAAUCACUGCAAGCAGUCGCUGGUAUGCGCAAUCCGAUGCCGUUCGGUAUGUUUCCUUUGCCGUCCGGUCCUGGGUUGAUACCGGACAAUCCACUUUUUCCCCGUAUGCCACCGGCGUAUCCGGGGCAGCAUCGGCCAGGGUUUCAGCUGCCACCGAAUCCGUUCGUACUGCCCGGCAUUAAUCCGAUGAAUCUACUCCGUAUGCCAACGCUCGCGAACCGAUUACCGGGCAUGGCCGGUAUGGGUGGACCGGGUGGUAAUCAACGCGACUUCCUAGAUGAACCGCUCGAUCCGGAAACGAAGCUUGCCCAAACGCCGCUCGAUCUGCAGAAGUCUACCUGCAACGUAGCACCGCUCGUGCCGCCAUCACUGUUCCAAAGCGCCACGGAAAACAUGACACUCGGCGGUGGUUCGAACGAGUUGCUUAACCUGUCCGUCCGAUCGACCGUGUCACCGGCUGCUGGUCGGGAUACGAUUACGACGACACAAACAAUUACCGCCACCAAGCGGGAAACUUCAUCAGUGACUGUGGCUGCUACUGCUACUAGCAGCAGCAUUAACUCACAAUCCAUUUUCGGUACGACGUCCAGCGUUAUAUCGACCGUAAAGGAGGGUAAACCCGAAACGGUGCGAGAAUCGUACAAAGAGGAUCAGGUGGUAAUAUUGCCGGCGGCAAGCGUACUGCCCGGUGCAAGUCCACCGCAGCGUUCCAGCAUGCUGGUGGUGGAUGUGGACGAUUCGGAUGGUAGUCAAUCGACGGCCGGUGGCAAAAGCAAGGACGGUAAGCGUAAGCAGAAGGAACACAAAAAAGAUCGCAAGCUAAAGGAUGGUAAGAUAAAGAAGAAGAAGGACAAGAAGGAUAAGAGCAAGAGUAAGGAUCGUGAUCGGGAGCAGCUGAAGGAGCUGACCGCGGGUACAGCGACGUCACCGGGCGUUAUGACGAUGGGUAUGAUCGGUGCGGAAGAAGCGCUGAUGGAGCAGCUACGCAAAGAGCGCAAGGAAAAGAAGGAAAAGCGUAAGGAAAAGAUGAAGAAGGAAAAGCGCAAGGAAAAGGAGCGUAUGGUAGCGAUCGGUGGUACCGGUGGUUCACCGGCCGGUAUCGGUGGUCCCGCUGGAUCGGUUGGAACGUCGGCAGGCGCCGGUGGUCAACCGUCCGGUGAAACCGUGCCAAAGCUAAUGCUCAAGAUCGGUGGUUCCAAUGCAACGCAAUCGCCCCGUUCGGAAACGCCCGACAAAGCGUACAUGGAGCAGCUGUUGCUCGGUGCCGGCUCCGUUGCCGAUCCGAAGCGGGAUGGUUCACCGGAACUUGCGCGUAUAUCGGCACUCGUAACACGCCCUCCGAAGCUAAAAGGAGCCGGCGGUACAGCCGUGCCUGGUAAAAGCAAGAAGGAUGAAACCGGGAAAAAUGUUCCACACGGUUCACCUUUGCCACCACCCGGUACGGAGCAGUUGAAACUACAGCCAACGAUCGACGCGGACGAUACGUUUGCCGCUUUGAAGCAAUCGGUUAAGGUGAACUUUGCGACGAGUACGGUCGGCAGUACAACCACCGGCAGUGCGCUGGUAAACUAUGCGACCACCGAUGACAACAGUACCGGUGCGGCCGGUACCACAACCGGUCGCGGUUCCAAGGUGGCCCGCCUAGCGGACAGUGUAGGCGAUCCGAAACCGUUCGCCGGCGGGGAAUCAUCGAAAAAGGCGGUAAAAGAAUCGAAGGGUUCGAAAUCGGUUCACCAUCACCAUCAUCAUCAUGCAGUGCCGGAUACGUACACGACACCGGUGCACAUGACGGACGUGGACGGUAACACGGUGUGGAUCUGUCCGGCUUGUGGCCGGGUAGACGAUGGCACACCGAUGAUCGGAUGCGACGGGUGUGAUGCUUGGUACCAUUGGGUGUGCGUCGGUAUACAGGUACCACCGGACGAUAAUGAGGACUGGUACUGUCGGGUGUGCAUUGCCAAGAAGCAGGACACACAAGCGGACGAAAAGCAGCGUAAGCGCAAAAAGAAGGAUAAGAAAACAUCGAAAGAAUAAGCCUUACGACAGCAACGCAGUCAGUAUGAUAAAAAACAAUCGUGACAUUUUCGGUUUAGUAAACCGAAGAAUGUAGAAGUUUGUCGUGUAUAGUAACGCGUUAGGUUAAAUACGUUAAGCGUUACAGUUUGAUGUAACACAUACGAUGGCAGAAACAUUUAUCUUCAAAGCAACAAUUACCGCAUGGGGCGCAAUCCAGAGUGUUGCCGACUAUAGUAACGCCUUCCCUUAGAAGAAGCGUUACUCCCAACAAGAACUAACUACUAAUCAUAAUUGUGAAUAACGACAGCAUAACGACAGCAUGCUCGAUUUGUAUUAGCAUAACUAAUGUUGAGGAAAGCACGACAAAACAGAACCCAAUCAUGAUCGUGAUCGCAUGUUCGGUUUGACCGAGUAACACACACCAUAACACUGUAAUGUAACGCAAAAUUUCAUUUGAAUGUGUAACACCUAGUGAAAUCAUCAAGCCACAAUUAUACAGUGCAUUCUAGGCUUAGAUGGAAAAGGAAUUUAAAUUCCUUGUCGCGUGACAUUUUUAGAAGGUUCUUUUCUUUUGAUAAUAUGUUAUAUAAUAGAGAAUAUGUUAUUUAAAGUGACGAUAUACUAUUCGCCGUAUGGCUUACUUCGAUUAUAUACAUACGUUCUUCUUGUGCAUUUUGUGCAACAUUUGGAGCGUUUUGUUUUUUUUUUAAUAAAAUUGUAGAUUAGUUUUUACAUCUAAAACAAAAAAGAAAAAAGGAAAAGUCCUUAUUAUAAAUCAUGAUAUAAAUAAAAUUUGAAGAUGAGUUUUUGUUUUGCGCACUGCUACAACUAUAUACGAUAGAAAAAAGAAGAGAGCGAGAAAGAGAGAAAAAGAGAGAGAGAAACAUAGAAAGAGAGAGAGAAACAUAGAAAGAGAGAGAGAGAGAGAGAGAGAGAGAGAGAGAGAGAGAGGAAAACAGAGAAAGAACAAAAUUCUGGCUACUUCCAGAGGUGGUUGUUAUAUUUUUUAAAUAAAAUUUAUUGUAAAAUUAAGAUCAAAGUUGCUUCGGUCAACUGUGUUUGUGGUAGUAAUCUGUAAGUGCUGUAUAGUAUGUGGAAUUGAAUGGAUGCGUAAGUGUAAAGAGCUUUCACGUUACAUCUCAUUCGGAAUGGUGUCUAAUUGCAAGUUUCAUUACAAAAAAAUCAUCAGCUGUUAAAUAUGCUGCUUCUACCAACAAAAGUCAAAGUUGUCAAAUCUCUAAAAGAAAAGAAAAAAUAAAACGUGUAAAUGUGGUGUCUAACAAA